CAGAUGCAUAUUUUGCGCGCGCUUUUAGUGGCGAGUUCUUGACGUCGUCAUUAAAGAUAGCUUUCCUUUUUUAAUUUAUUUUUAAAAAGUAAAAAGUAAAAGUGAAGUAGCACGCGCGAGGCGUGUCCUAAAAAAUAGCGCUAUGUUUAUGAACAAAAAAAACAGAAAAACUAAAGAAACAUAGAGCAGUUUUGCUCGUUAUUUGCUGGGUGUCCUCGAAAAUAUAAUAUCAAUUGCACACAAUAAUUGAAUGUUAUCUUGCUAGCAGAUUAUACGAGGAAACUAAUUAUUCAGAACUUUAUGACGCCGCAUGUGUAAGAAUUAAAAACAGACAAUCUAUUAUGCAGCAUUAUGCAUGUUUUAAAUACAUGGAAUUUUCUUCUAUCCCUAUUAUGUAUGUAUGCACCUUAUAUAUAAACGUGUCUGAAAUUAUCAGUAUGUUACCGUGUGCAACAACGUCCUAGUAAUGUGAUCGAAAUUCAACUAGUAAUACGGAUGAAAGAUGCAAAUGUUACCAGUGAUUUUUCCUUGGUUAUUGUGCUUGUCAGUUUGCGAUGGAUAUCGUUUUCUCGGACUGUUUGUCUUUCAAGGCAAAAGUCACUUUGUUAUGUACGAGCAACUGAUGAAGGGCCUAGCCCGAAAAGGACAUCAGGUCGACAUGGUCAGCAAGUUUCCGCUGAAGAAAUUUUAUCCAAAUUAUACAGAUAUCGUGACGCUACCAAUAUCUUACAAAAUGGUGAACAGUAUAACUUAUGAAUCAAUGCAAAUAUUGUCAUCAACUACAAUUUAUAGUAUUACAACGGUAUCAGGAAAAGAUCUUUGUAAAUACUUAGGAAAUCCCGCAAUAAAAGAACUAGCGCAACCGAAGAAUCCACCUUAUGAUGCGGUGCUUAUAGAGGCUUUUUCUGCACCCUGUUUCGGUAUUAUCGCUCACUUAUUGAAAGUUCCUUUGAUCGGAGUCAGCACCAUGCCGCUAUUCCCAUGGCUACGCCCGGCAAUCGCGCAACCUGAGAACCUGGCAUUCGUGCCGAACAUCCUUAUAAGUUUCCCCGGUUCUAUGAAUUUUUGGCAGCGUCUGCAUAACACUGUGAAUGCGUUCUGGAACAAAUUAUAUUUUAAUUAUUUGACGAGACGGGAUCAAGAUAAAUUGAUAAGGGAGCAUUUCGGACCGGAUAUGCCGGGCGUCCGAGAAUUGGAGAAGAAGUUGUCGUUAAUCCUCAUCAACUCUCACAUAACGCUAAAUGGAAUAGAGCCAACGACACCUGCCGCGGUGGAUGUUGGAGGGCUUCACGUUCAGGACGAAGAUGAAACGUUGCAGCCUGAGUUGGAGAAGUGGAUGAACGAUAGCAAAGAUGGUUUUGUAUAUUUUACUUUUGGCUCCAUGGUGUUGAUCGAGACUUUUCCUCGCGAGUUCUUGAGUGUUCUGUACGCGUCUCUAGGCAAAAUAGCACCCGUGCGUGUUUUAAUAAAAAUACCAAAUCCGGAGAAAUUGCCACCCGGUUUGCCUGAAAAUAUUCAUAUGUCACCUUGGAUGCCGCAGAUUAAAAUAUUGAAACAUCCUAAUGUAAGAGCUUUUAUUACUCAUGGCGGACUCAUGAGUAUGCAGGAAGCGAUAGUGAAUGGUGUUCCCUUGAUCGGUAUACCGCUUUUUAUCGAUCAGUUUUCAAACAUUGACAGAUGCGUCGCCAGAAACAUUGCUUUGCGACUGGACAUCGAUACGAUUACCGAAAAAAGCAUGGACGCAGCCUUAAAUGCAAUCUUAUGGAACCCUCUGUACAAGGAAACUAUGCGAAACUUGUCCCAGCAAUUCCUCGAUCGACCACUAAAUGCUAUCGACACCGCUAAUUUCUGGAUCGAGUACGUCGUCAAGUAUGGCGAAAAUUCUCUGCGGUCGCCCGCAAUGGAUCUAUCUUGGUGGCAAUUAUAUCUCAUCGAUGUAAUUGGAUUUCUUGUGUUUUGUUUUGUAAUCGUUAUUGCUAUAGUUGUAUUCAUUAUACGAUUUAUGUUGAAAAUUAACAGAAAUAAUAGUAGUUUGUCACAUUCAAAAAAAAUAAACUAAUAACUGUAAUAAUUA